GCAACAGCACAGAUAUUCAGCUAGUUCUUUCUGAGCGGCAGAAAGCAGAGAGCGUGCUGGAGGUUGUGAACGAGAUCUACGAGGGCAGGAUGGGUGACUCGCUCUUCAAUUUAGUGACAAAUAAUUCAGCGGAGCGCAUGAGGUCGUCAUCUCUGGUGCAACUGUCCAAACCUUUCCAGCACGAACGCCUUCUUGCAAUCCAGAUCCCCAACUUCUUGGCCAAAUCUUCCGCGGAGUGGUUGAAAACCAAUGGAUUGCGAGCCAAGAAACUCAGCCUGUACCAAGUCUUAGCCCCCAACGCUUUCUCGCCCGUGGAAGAAUUUGUGCCGGUCCUUCGCAAAACAGUCUCGUCCACUCUGCACGGGAAAGCCAUGAUGCAGUUUGAAUGGCACGAUGGGACCAUGAAAAACAUUCACGUCGAUCCUCCGAUAUUAUACGAUUACCAGAAGCAACUCAGGCAGACGGUGAAGAUGUACGAGAGACGCAUUGAUUGGCUGUCUCUUUCCAGCAGAAGAAUUUGGGGAACAGUUUGUGAAAACAGGGUGGUGGUCUUGGUAGACAUCUCCAAAACGAAUUCCUCUUACAUCUUUCAUAUCCAACAUUCUUUACGCCUUUUGCUGGAAGAGCAAAUGGCAAGCAAGGAGUUCUUCAACAUCGUGGCCUUUGGAAGCGAAGUUAUGGCUUGGCAACCUGAAAUGGUCCCACCUCAUCCAGACAAUUUACAGAGUGCUUGGAGAUGGGUGUUGUGUCUACGCUGUAAGGGCUCCAGAAAUGUUCUGAAGGCCCUCAAAAGAGCUGUGGAGGUGAACUUUAAAGAUAAAGACAAGCACAAAUCUCAAGGCGUGUACCUGUUGGCAGCUGGAGUGCCUGAUCAGGAGACGCACCUCGUCUCUUCUUACCUGGUCGAAGUCUGCGGGGGCUGCGAUUUGCAACUCCAUGUUUGCCUCUUCAGUGUAGGCACCUUUUCGUUUGAAGACGACCUGCCACCGCGCUACGCGAGUCCUGAAGAAACCGCCGCCGCUUACAAAGAUAUGGUGCAGGCCGCCCACGGACGUUUUCAUUGGUUUGGAGAAACAGGUAUCAACGAAAGUGAUGACAUCAGCCUUAUCCUAUCAGAAAUGGAGAAAGCAGUUCAUUACUCACACAAGUGUGCCAUGUUAGUGGAAUCUUUAAGGCAGAAGUCGGGAAACCUUUCAAGGAACCAGUCAUCUUCCAUAGUCGAUGACCUCUCACCACUAAAGAAGGGGGAAAAUAAGACCAGAUCUUCCAAAGUACCAUUUCCAAAGCCGACGGCCCUCACCCUUGCCAGGAUGCACCAAGAUGGCGAGAGGAUCGGUAGCCCCAAGGCCCUUUCGUGGCGUCCUCCGAGUGGCAAGGCGGAAAUCCCACCAGUUCAGCCCAUCAAAGAGAUUUUCCUGGCCAGAAGGAAACUGAACUCCAAGGCAAAGAAGCAGCCAGUGACAUCAGUCUCUUUGCUGGAUCACAAAAACGUAGAGGCACUUUUCAAAAAGACCGGGAAAAGCUUGAUUCCUUCGGUGGCGUUGCCAAACGAGGAAGAAAUCUGCUCCACCAAGACAUGGCUGGGGAAAUGGAGCCUGAAAAAGCUGAAGUUAGAUUUGCCCACUGUCGUUUUUGGGCCCGGCAGUGUCCAUCGGAAGGAGAGGGUGGAAUCGUUGCACAAGAAAGUUUCGGCGAAAUAUUGCGACAUUUUCCCAAGUGUAGAAAUGCAAGGGAUGGUGAAGCAUCUGCAGAUUCAACCCAAAGAUUUGGACGACUACAUCGAGCAGAUGGAGAGAGUAUUGCGAUGCUACGUCCGAAGACUACAGUGGCUUCUCUCGGGCAGCCGCCGAUUCUUUGGGGUCAUCUUGGAAGCCAACAUUUGCAUUCUCAUCGACACGUCCGGUUCCAUGGGGCACUCCUUGAGUCUGCUGGCCAAAGAGCUCACCUCCCUGAUCUGGGACCAGCUGAGGAAGAAGGCCACCAAGUUCAACCUCAUCGCCUUUGCAGAAGAGGUCCAACUUUGGCAGGAGUGCCUUGUGGAGGCCACCGAUGAGACGUGCCAUGACGCUGCCCAGUGGGUGUCUCUCUUUCAGGCUCAUGGGAGUACAUCCAUUCUGAAGGCUUUACGGAGAGCACUUAGUCUGGAAAAUGUGGAAGCCCUGUACGUUUUGACUGAUGGAAAACCUGACACCAGUUGCAGCUUAAUUCUCAAAGAAAUCGAAGCAGUUAAGAAGAACCAAGCCAUUACCAUCCACACCAUUUCUUUCAAUUGCACGGACGGAGUGGCCAACGACUUUCUCAAGAAACUCGCCUUCCAGACCGGCGGACGCUACCAUCGUUGCCAUGGAGAUGCGGACGGACAGUUGGCCACGCACCAACUGCUUUCGCAAGGUUUUAAAGAUGAGGAGGAUCCUGUUUUCCCCUUGUUCGAAGGUGACGAUUUGAAGAAGCUUAUUGAAGAAAUAGACAAAGCUAGGAAAUACUUAACGCAAGCGAAGAUAUUUAGAUCGCUCUUAGAAAAAAAGAACAUAAACGAGAAGAACCGUCUCCCUUAACGCAACUGCUUCCAGACCCAGCAGAGGAGUUUUGUUUUAUUUUUUCAUAAACCGCUGCUAUAAAUAUCCCGGUUGGCAAAUCUUCCUCCAUUCCCAUGGGAAUUCUAGAAUGAAAACAAAGAAACGUGAACGAUCUUUCGACUUUUCUCGUUCUUCAUGUGACCAGGAAAAUAAUCUCAUCACCCCCAAUCUCGCUAGAGCAUCUCUUCCCUUCUUCACCGCCCCCCCCAAAUGAUGGAUCCUAGGUGAUCUUAUUAAUCUGGGAUCAAUUUACAAUCUUUCCAGCUUUGCCAAACGCAAUAAAAACGAGGUGCUGACAUCACUAUACUUUUAUAAGCUUGUUUAUGGAGUGAACACUUUUGGAAGGUGAAAGAGGUUGUCCAGAGAAGCGGGA